AUGGGUGAGAUGUUCUUUGGAAGGGUAAGAUGUUCUCUGGAGAGGAGAGAUGUUCUCAGGGGAGAUGAGAUCUUCCUUGGAGAGGGAAGCAAUCUAAAGAGCGUGUGGACCCACAUAGAUCGUUCCACCAUCGAGGUUCCACGCUUGAGAGAGCAGGGGGGGCUGCGGGGGGACUCCUCCAAGGAGGAGGAGUGCGAGCGGGACGAGGCCAAGCAGGCGGAGAUCGUCUACGAGACCGACUGCCACUGGGAGUCCUGCGCCUGGGAGUACCACACCCAGGAACAGCUGGUGCACCACAUCAACAACGACCACAUCCACGGGGAGAAGAAGGAGUUUGUGUGCCGCUGGGACCAGUGCUCCCGGGAGCAGAAGCCCUUCAAGGCCCAGUACAUGCUGGUGGUCCACAUGCGCCGGCACACCGGGGAGAAGCCGCACAAGUGCAGCUUCGAGGGCUGUGCGAAGGCCUACUCCCGCCUGGAGAACCUGAAGACCCACCUGCGGUCCCACACGGGGGAGAAGCCCUACGUGUGCGAGCACGAGGGCUGCAACAAGGCCUUCUCCAACGCCUCGGACCGGGCCAAGCACCAGAACCGCACGCACUCCAACGAGAAACCCUACGUGUGUAAGAUCGCGGGCUGCACCAAGCGCUACACGGACCCCAGCUCCCUGAGGAAGCACGUGAAGACGGUGCACGGCCCCGAGGCCCACAUCACCAAGAAGCACCGGGCCGAGCCCCCCCCCCCGCCCCCGGGCGGCGGGCCCCGGGAGAACGGGGACCACCACGGCUCGCCGGGGGCCGGCGAGGACUACGCGGGCGUGCGCUCCAUCAAGACGGAGAGCAGCGUGGUGUAUCAGUCCAGCCCUGGUGGUCAGGCGUCAUGCAGUAGCGAGCCUUCGCCGCUCGGCGGCGCCGCCCACCAUGACGGUGGAGUAGAGCCGGCGGGGGACAGGGGAGGGAGCCCGGGCCCGGACGUCCCGGACCCCCUGGACGACCUGUUCCCCAUUGGCUCCCCGGGGGCCGGAGGGGCGACGGUUGGCCUUCGCCUCCGUCGGCAGCCGGGCCUCGGCCACGGCCUGGGGUACCUGAAGAAGGAGAAGCUGAGGACGGCGAGGGAGUCGUGCAGAUGGGGCGGCAACCCGGCACCACCCUCCCCCAGGAGCAGCACCACGCUCCCCCCCAUACCGGCAGGCGGGCUCCCCUUCGACUAUCCCAAAAUGGCCGUGGGUGUUUCCGGUUCCCUCCCUGUCCCCGGGCUGUCCGACGCGGGCCGCCACGGCAAGAUCCCCCCCGGGCUGGGCCAUCCGUCGGCGCGCCGGGACAGCACGUCCAGCACGCUGAGCUCCGCCUACACCCUGAGCCGCCGGUCCUCGGGCAUCUCCCAGUGCUUCUCCAGCCGGCGCUCCAGCCUGACCUCCCAGCUGGACGCCAGCCGCCACAACAACAACCUCAGCUCCACCGGCUCCUACGACCCCAUCUCCGCUGACAUGUCCCGGCGCUCCAGUGAGGCCAGCCCGUGCGGGGACGGGCCGGGGGCCGAGGGAGGUAGAGGAGGCCACCCCACCUCGCUCAGCCUCACCCCGGCCCAGCACUACUGCCUGAAGGCCAGGUUCGCCGCCGCCACCGGGGGGCCGCCGCCCACGCCCCUCCCCGACAUGGAGCGGAUGAGCCUGAAGACCUGCACGGCGCUGUAUGGGGACGCCCGGGAGUCCUCCUAUCUCUGCAAGGCCGCCGCGGCCGGUCUUUCCCCCAGGCGCCACAGCAACUACGCCGCCUGUACCGUGAUGCCCCACGAGGUGCCGUCUAACGGCCCCCGACGGGCCAGCGACCCGGUGAGGCGGGCCGGCCUGGCGCCCCUCCAGCCGCCCCAGAUGCAGCGCUACAACAGUGUGGACGCGCUGGGCAGUCGCGGCGUUCCCAGCCUCCCGGCACUUUCCGCCGCGGACCCGAGACAUCGGGCCGCGCAGGUAUGUCUCCAGACGCGCGGCAGCCUCAGCCGGCACCCCAUCUCAGAGAACGUCACCGUGGAAACCGGGGCGAGGGACGCCGCAGAAGAAGAGAUGAUGUUCCAGGAUGACGUCCUGCAACGUUUUAGUAUGCAGGGCGGGGGGCAAUCGGCGGGGCGUCACCCAGCGGCGCAGAGCGUACGAGGGAACGCCAAUCACCUGCAGUCGUCCUUCCAUCAGAGACGGACGUCGGCCGUUAAUUCCACCCCGCAGGGCUCUAGUAGCACUGAAAGGGCUGUUGAGUGGGACCAAGUGUCCUUGAAAACGAGCGCAUCCAGAGGGAACUUGGCUCUAGUCCAGCAAAACGAGAGCUUUGGACCCCUACGCAGCGAUCUGAACUCCAACCAACGGAUGGUUCAGAACAGUGAUUACACCGCUCUUCCGCAUUGCGCUAACCGCAACGGUGGUUGUGGUGAGCACGGGACACUCCCUCUGAAAGCCAACCUCAAUGAAACCGUAAGCUGUCAGUAUCAGUUGAACCGUCACACCGGUGUUUAUGACGGCACCAACGUGAGCGCGCUGAGUCCCAGCACCAACCGACAGACAGGACAGAAUGUGAACAUGCAAUACAGCGCUUUGGAAGAUGGCCUCAUGCAGGUCAAACUGGAGGACGACCAGGCAUGGCACCGGAGCUGCAGCCUCGCCUCCCAGCACUCGAUACAAAGCGAAGGCCAAGGGCUUAGACAACCGAGACCACCGACAGAACCCAGGUCCCGAGACAGGCGCCAGUCAGGGCCCGACGCGAUGGUAACUCAGACCAACCUGAACCUAGCCUACACUAACUCGGACGCAGUAGCACAAGUGUUGUCCAUCGACAGUAUCAACAGCAGCGGCAACGACAAUGCCUUGUACUACACUGGGCAGAUUCAGGUCUUUCCAGCCAACGGAAACCCUGACAUAUCCGCCAUGGUGGAUCUGUCCCAGUUUGUCUCCAGUCGGGCCGAGGACCCUCCAUUGCCGGAGUUCCGACAGGCUUCCAGAGACAUGGACCCUGGAGACACCGGAUCAGAGGAGCCGAUAGACUUUGACAGCAUGCUGGACGAUGGGGAUCACUCCAGCCUAGUAUCAGGAGCCCUCAGCCCGGGCCUCCUCUGUAGCUUUUCACAGAGCUCCUCUCGCCUCACCACCCCCAGGAACUCGGUCACGCUCCCCUCCGUGCCGGCUGGGACGGGGAACAUGGCCAUCGGGAACAUGAGCUCUCUGUUGACUGCUCUGGCAGAGGAGAGCAAAUUCCUCAACUUGAUGUCUUAGCCACACUUUGCGGCAAAUUGCGUCUCUGGCUUUUGGGGAAAGUAAACAGCUGCAAGUGCUUAAUUCCAGAGUUCUGGCACAAAACGAAUGACAUACACCGAAUCAAAUGUCGAGAACUUGAAUGAACCAUCUGUGGUCGUGUGCCAGAAGUGCACAUGGGGUCCUCCUUCUUGUACAUUCUUUUGUAAACUAUUUAAAAUGGCAUUUUCCUAUCUUUUGAAAAGCCAUAUUUUUUGCCUUAGGUAGUGGGUCCGGAAUAAACAACAGCACAAUUGUUACUGUGUACAUAUUGAUGAUGUUACCAAUCUGCAGUAGAGUUCUUGACUAAGUGCCUGACACAACCAAAACAUACGACAUGCUACACAGUAAGUGUGGAACGUUAACGGUACAGUGUGUAGAAUUUAGUGGUGGCUAACGGAACAAACAGAUAUUGAAUAUGAUAAUUAUAAGUAUGUUUUAAUUACAGUAUAAUCCUGUGAAAAUAAUUCAUUUUUUACCUUAGAAUGAGCCCUUUAUAACUACAUAGGGAGCGGGUCCUCUUCCACAGAGCCCGCCAUUUUGCACCUCAAUGAUUCUACAGUAGCCCAUAAAGUACAUACGACUCUACAGAGGAUGCAUACUUUUACUUACGUAAACCAUUACCUCUAGUUUAACAUUCUAGUUAACUGUAUACAAUUUAGAAGGAACCUCAUCAGUUGAUACUUGCUUACGCGAUGCUGUCGCAGAUGAUCACAUUUUUACCAACUGGCCCCUGGGGGUUCGGGGGGUAUUCAGUUGCUCACCAAUUGGUGCUACUAAAUCUUACACACUGCAUCUUUAAAAGGUAAAUAGGUACCAUCAAGAUACCUGGAUCUUAAGAAUGAGUCAUCUCCUAAUUGUGUAUUGAUUUUAUUCCCCUGUAUCCCAAUCUCAGCCAUAUCAUCUAAAUGUGAUUUCCUUAUUCAUAUCAACAUGUCUUUAUUCAAAGGUUCACAACUGAUACCCUAAAAGAGGAAGGUGACAAUAAUAAAAGUCUUUAAGCAUUGAAAAUCAUGGAAGAAGAAAAAAUAUUACCAUUCUUCUUAAGAUAUUCAAAUUCCUUUCGUCCGACGUUAUGCCAAUUCGUUGCACUGACUAUGUAAAUAUAAUUUGUACAUUUCUAUGGAAUAAAUAUUUGACAAAGUUUUAUA